AUGGCGCUGGUCCAACCCGUGCAGUUCGGAAAGCCCGCGUCGACUGCUUCGCAGGGGCGGUCCCAGCUGCUUGCGUCGCCUAAGCCCCGGGCGCCACCGCGCCAAUCCAAUGGCUUUGCGAGGAUGCAGCAGUCCCUGGUUGCCGCCUGCCUUGCGACAUCUCUGUAUCGCGGCAAAAGUACGCGAGUUUUCAAGAGGAGUGUGAGGCAUGAGUUCGCAAGCACGCCCCAAGAGACCUACGAGACUUUUGUGGCCAAGGCGGAGCACUUAGUCAAGAUGUCCCCGCUCCAAUCCUUGUAUGCCUCCGUCCUGGGCGCUGCCUUUGUGGCGGUGGCCAGCGCCAGUGCCCUCAGCUUCUCCGAGGCCGUCGGACCCAACCUUUUGCUGGACAAGUUGGUCUUUGCGGUGGUUUUGCCUGUUCACCUGCUUCUGUGCCAGCUGUGCGGAGGGCAGCUCACGACCAGCAACUGCUCCAUGUUGAGCAUCGGCGUCCUGCAGGGGAAGGUGAGCAUCAAAGACGCGGUGAGGAAUGUUGGGAUCGUCCUUGCCGGAAAUGCCAUCGGAGUGGGCCUGAUACUGGGCACCGUCUGGUAUCUCCAGGUCUUGGAUCAGUCGUCUCUGGCCGUGGCGGCCCUGAUGGCCAAGAGUAAGUGCGCGUACACCUUUGGCCAGACGUUUGUAAAGGCUUUCCUUUGCAACUGGAUGGUCUUCGUGGCUUACUGGCUGGGCGUCAUGUCAAAGGAUAUCAAGGGCAAGAUGACGGGCAUUUGGACCGGCGUCUUCCUGUACGCCGCUGUGGGGUUCGAACACAUCGUGACGAACAUGUUCCUCCUGCCAGCGGCGCUCAUGGCCGGUACCCACUUGACGUUGGCGGAUAUGCUUGUGAAGAACAUCAUCCCCGUCUUGUUGGGAAACGCAGCAGCUUCGAUCAUGGUGGCCGGCGGUUCUUUCGGCUUUGCCUUUGGGCAGCUCCUCAAGAAGUUGAAGGUUCAGCCGCUGAAGAUGCUGAAUGCGCAGGUGCACGCACCUGCGGUCCGUUGGAUGUCACCCUCCGGCGCUCCGAUGCCAGCGAUGCUGGCAACACCCUAG